AUGCUGCUGAAUUCAAUUUCUUUAAAAAAAGUUGAUUCUGUUGUUCAAUUCUUCAAACAACUUGGGUUUCAGCAAUCUGAUUUUCAGAAAAUCAUUAAUCGUGAACCCUUGAUUUUAGUCUCUAGGGUUGAUACAACUCUCAAACCCAAUAUUCAGCUUCUUAAUGACCUGGGGAUGCCUCGAGACUCUUCGAUGUUCUUGUAUGGUGUCACUUUUCUUCUUUGCUUUGGUGAGAAGAAUAUCAAGGAUAAAUUUGAAGUAUUUAAGAGUUUUGGAUGGACACAUUCUGAUAUCAUGAAAUUGAUCAGGCAAAAUCCUAUGUGUUUCACUGGUUCAGAGGCGAUGAUCAAGGAAAGACUACACUAUCUGAUGAACCAAAUGGGUUACAAGCCCGAUUAUUUAGCAAUGCAGACUAAAUUAUUUAUAUGUAGCAUGGAGAAGAGAUUAUUGCCAAGACAUCGAGUCUUACAGAUUUUGAAGGAGAAAGGGCUUUUAAGGAUGGAUUAUCUUCUUUCUUCUGUUGUUUCCUUGUCUGAGUCUGUGUUCUUGAAAAGGUUUGUUCUGCCAUUUAAGGAAGUCCAUGAAGUUUAUGCUCAAUUGACUGGUUCUACAGUGGAGUCGCUCAAUGUAGAAAGAUGCAAAUGCCAAUCUUAA